UGAAUGGAGGACUUGCGAGGAAGACGGGUGACGAGGCGAAGCUAUCGAGGAUGAGCUGCUGGAACAACUCCAGAUUCACGCAACAUCCGAGUCAUCGAUUGUUCGCAUCAUCGAAGCAAGAGAGCAUCGAUCUACGAUGAUGCUUUGAUGAGGAAGCAUAGGAAUUGUCUGUCUGUCGUUGAGCACCGCGUCUGUUCUCCGGAAUCAUGGACAACCCACCUGGCCAGCAGCCGGAAGGGCUGGAAGAUCAGAUCCGCCGGAUGGUGCUUACCAACAAUCCUUCCAUGCCGCCGCCCAACGCCGGCAACCAUCAGCAUCAUCACCCGCAACCACACCAGCAGCCGGCUGGACAGCGCAAUGGCUAUCAUGGAGAGCCACAAUCCUAUCAGCAAGCACCGCCGCAAACAGCUCACAAUCCGCGGCAUCAUCUCGCCCAUCCGCAAUCGUUCCCCAAUCAGCGUUCUUCUCCCGGAAAUCAGAGAGCGCAAUACCAAGGUCAAGGUCAACCCCAACCUCAACACUUCCGUCCGAAUCAACAGCCAUUUGACAAUCGCCCAAGAGGGUAUGGCAGCCCUGGCCCUGCAAACCCACAGCGAUCACGAGCACAGCAACACAUGCAGCUCGACCCUAAUGCUUUUCAGCGUAGGGCCUACGCCCAACCUCAUCCCCGGCCGUAUGGCGGACCACAGCAGCUCUUCAACCCCAAUGGACCUGCAAUGCGAGGACCAGUCUACCAGCCAGUUGACAAUCGCUCUAGACAAGUGGAAUACCUAGAACGACUCGCCACGACUGAAGUUCGCAUCGUCGAAAUGAGUGCAUCGGAGCACGACGAAAAAGAACACUUUCGACGCACCCUCGAAAAGCUGUGCCAUGAAGUUGCUGCUGCAGCCGAGGACCGCCUCCCUAGAGUCUCUCUCGAAUGCUUCGGUAGCUUCAAGUCCGGAUUCGCAACCGCUGGCUCGGACAUGGAUCUUGCCAUAGUAGUUCAAGAUCAGUUGUCGGCCGGCCCUUGCUUCUCCGAGCUUGAAGAUGGCCUGCCGCUUUUACUGCAGAAGAAACUGCUUGACAGCGGAUUUGGUGCACGCUUGCUUUCUCGCACGAGAGUGCCCAUCAUCAAGGUCUGCGAGAAGCCUGGCAUCGACUUUCUCGAGAAGUUGAGAGAGGAGCGUGCGAAAUGGGACGCUUUAUCGGUGGAGGCGAAGUACCCACACCUGUAUCCUUCGCAAAAUCCCGCAGGAGGUGAGGAGGGAGAGCAGGCUGUCGAAGGUGGUGCCAUCGAGGCUGCUGCCGAUUUAGGAAAUGAAGAGAGUCACCUUCCUAGUGGCGUCGAAGCUCCGCAGGAGAGUACUGCGCAGGCGAGCGUUCAAGAUGCAGAUGGAAAACCAGAAACUGCUGAACCGGGCGCUGAGCCAGACCAUCCUGAGCCAGAGUCCCAGCAGGGGACAUCAGAAGCCUCACAGAGCAACGACAAGCACAAGUCGAAACGAGACGAUUCCAAGACAUGGACGCGCGAGCGCCGUGCCGGCCCCCUCGACAUGCCCAAGUCUGGUGUUGGCAUACAAUGCGAUAUCAACUUCUUCAACCCUCUCGGCCUCCACAACACGCAGUUACUCCGCUGCUACUCCCUCUGCGACCCUCGAGUCCGGCCGAUGGUGCUUUUCGUCAAGUCAUGGGCAAAGCAGCGCAAAAUCAACAGCUCAUACUCCGGGACACUGUCGAGCUAUGGCUAUGUGAUGAUGGUUCUGCAUUAUCUCACCAAUGUUGCUCAACCUCCCGUGCUCCCGAACCUUCAGUCCCCGUGGCGCCCGCACGGUUUCGGCGUUGCCCGUGAAGACGAAGCGGUCAUGGUGGAAGGGUGGAAUGUGCACUUCUGGCGCGAUGAAGAGAAGAUCAUGCAAGCUGCGGCUGCGCGCCUCAUCACCACCAAUCAAGAACCCCUUGGCUCUUUACUGACAGGCUUCUACCACUACUACGCCGGCCAACCCGGACCUUCAUUCAGGUGGAUGCAAGAGGUCGUCUCCCUGCGCUCCCCUGGUGGCCUCCUGACCAAGGAAGAGAAAGGCUGGGUCAAAGCGGUGACGGAAGAGGGCGAAGGCCGCAAAGUGCAACAUCGCUACCUCUUCUGCAUCGAGGAUCCGUUCGAGCUCGGUCACAACGUCGCGCGCACCGUCACUCAUAUGGGUAUUGUGGCUAUCAGAGAUGAGUUUCGCCGUGCGAAGAGAAUCCUGAUGGCAGUGGGUCAGGGCAGGCAGCCGCAUGAUGGCGAGUUGCUUGCAGCUUUGACGGAGGCGGAAGAAGUGCAGAAGAUUUCGCAGCAGCCAAAAGCGAAAGUGAACGCGCCACAGGACUCUACCGCAAACGGUCUGCCUGACCACAAGGCUCUUCGAAACGGACAGGACUCGCACGUCAGAGAUGGAGGCAGCCAGCCAACCUCUCCCAAGCCACGACUCGGUGAUGCGCCGCGCGGCAAGCCUUCGACGCCAAGAGGGGCCGCUCACGCAGCAUCUCAUACUCCUCGCGCCGCGGCAACUCAGCAACGCUUCGACGUGAUCGACGACGACUCCUUCCCAACCCUCGGCGCAGGUUCGCAGAACUCUUCUAAGAGGAGAAACCCGGCUCGCGAGAAUUGGAGCGAGAUUUCCGGGGAUGAAGCACGAAGAGUGCUAGAGGAUGUGCAGCGGAGGCGGGACGAGGCGCAGGCUGAGAGCACUGCGAUGGGCGCUGCUGAGGCUGUGCUGGGAGAUAGUGAUUGAUGCGACCUGCGAGCAUGCACAACGAUGGAUCUUACAGCCCUGACGGCAGGGAUUCAUGCACAGUAGUAGCUAAACAACAUCCACAAU